AUGACAGAACCUUCAAAAUCGGCAGUGAAAGGUUUUCUAAACAAACUUAAUAAUUCAUCUGAAAUUAUUAAAUGUUCUUUUUGUGGUGGUAAGAACUCAUCAGGAAAUCGUUCAGAACUAGUAAUACUUGAUUCUUAA